AUGCGACUGACGUACCCUCUCCAGACUCUGAGUCUGUUCUGGGCCAUCUCGCUGGCCAGCCCAGUCCCCGCCCCUGCUCCUAUUUCUGGACCGGUGUUGUCGGACGUUACGACUCGCGAUCUUACGAUUUUCGAUUCCAGACCAAUCAAGAUUCAAUACUACAUCGACUACCAGUGCACCAAGUAUAAUGCCGAGUUCACUAUCCAAAGCGACGCGUGCUAUAACUACAGUUACACCGGCACUCACUCAGCCAACGCAGUCACGUGGUGGGAUAUCGCCGACGCCCACGUUUCUUGCUACUACUAUACUGGCAAGGACUGCCAAGGAACACGUAGUGAAUCGGACUCUGCCAUCGAUGCACCAAAAGACUCCCUUGGCUGCAACACUGCCAAAGAGUCGCAAUGGAACCCGUGGCUCAAGAUGGACAGCAGACCAAGGCCAAGAAGCUCCUCCCUACUCGUGUCCAAGGAGCACAGCCACUGA